GACGACAGUCGAGCCAGAGAGUGUCAGUCAUCAGUUGCGCGACGACUGUGUGUGUGUGUGGUGCAGCGAAAUUUUCAUUGAUAAAAACAGGAUCACUGUCAUUCAACAAGGAAACUCCUCUUUUCCAGCCCGAAUCGUGCCCAUUUUUUUCUCGUGAAUCGUGAGUGCGUGUCCGGUGCAGUGACAAUGUCCAACAAAAUCGAGGAAGCCCAGGAACACAUCCGCCAGGCCGAGAAAAGCCUGAAAACAUCACUCCUCAAGUGGAGACCGGAUUAUGACUUUGCUGCUGACGAGUACGGGAAGGCUGCAACCUGCUUCCGAAAUGCAAAGGCCCUGGACCAGAGCAAGGAGUGCCUGCUGAAGGCGUCGAACUGCCACCGCCAGAACCGGGCCAUCUUCCACGCGGCCAAGUGCCUGGACCAGGUGAUUCUGAUCUGCAAAGACAUGAACGCCCUCACGGAGGUACGGACGUACGCCGAGAAGGCCUGCCACCUGUACCAGCAGCACGGAUCACCCGAGUCCGGCGCGGCCACGCUGGACAAGGCGGCCAAAAUACUCGAGGGAACCCGGCCGGAGGAUGCGCUGGCGCUGUACAAGCAGGCCGUCGAUGUGGCCACGAUUGAGGACUCCUCCCGACAGGGUGCCGAGUACGCCAGCAAGGUGGCCCGGAUCAUGGUGAAGCUAAAGUACUACGACGAGGCGGCCGACGCCAUCCGGCGCGAGAUCGGUCUGCACCAGCAGGUGGGUUCGGACGGGGCCAUUGGUCGGUUGGCGGUGGGGCUGGUGCUGGUGCAGCUUGCCCGCGGCGAUUACGUGGCCGCCGAGAAGGCAUUCAAGGAGUGGGGCAACUGCUGCGACGUGGCCGAGGUUCAAACGCUGGAAUCGUUGCUGCAGGCCUACGACGACGAGGAUCCGGAGCUGGCGGCUCGCGCCCUGGCCUCACCCUUCAUCCGGCACAUGGACGUUGAGUACGCCCGGUUGGCGCGGGAUUUGCCGUUGCCGAAGGGGGCAACGAUUGCACCGAAGGCGAACGUGAUCGAGAAUGCGGCCGCGGAGUACAUUUCGCCAAACGCCGGUGGAAGUGGUGCUCAGGGUGGCAAACCAGCCGCGAAUGACGACGACGAGGAGGAGGGCGGUCUGUGUUAGUGUGUCUGCAGCAUGGUGUGCGUUUGUUCCGCAGAAGGUGAAGCCGAAGCAGCAGCAUCGUGUUGGGUUUUUGGUGUGAUAACAGAAGGCGAAGCUACCUAUUAUUACAAUUAUUAUUGUUAUAUCGCUAAGUAUAAAGUAAAAAAUAUAUAUAUUUAUAGACUUUACGUAGAUACAGUAUAAAUUUUAAAUCCAGAGCAAAAUAUUACGAGAGGCACGGAAGAAUGCGUUAUGUUUUGCUGAAGAAUUUAUUUUUUUGGUGCAAAUAAUUACAUUAACGAAAGCUUGAAAGUCUUGCUUGUAUCACAUCUCCUUGGAAAGAAUAAACUUAAGCCUAAUGUAAAUUAUGAAUCAUUCACUCUCGUAUCCAGUCUAUCAAAUCUUGUGAAGAUCUAAAGAAAUAAAGAAGUAAUUGAAAUGCAAGGCGCUCACAAGUUAAUUAUGUACAAAAAGUCCGCUUAGUUUAUUCAGCUUACUCUAUCAAUUGUCAGAGUGUGUGUGUUAUAACUUAUUAGAAAUACGAUUUAACGAAAAAACGGUCCGAUAAAUGGUGUGAGAGGUAAUUUCCUUAUGCCCUUUAUCGAAACUCUGAAAUUGUUCCCCCGUAACUGUUUUGUAAAAAAAUAAAGUCUAAUUGUUUUCCAAGAUAUUUCUGUCGUGUUUUGCCAGACAUGACAAAAGCAAAAGAUUUCCAUCUGUUUUUUGCCACAAUUAAAAAAGGAGGAAUGAGUGUCGUGAAAACUGAGAAGGAAAGGGCAAAUGUUAACAACAAAUAAAAUGAAGAAAAACUUUAAACUUUGUAACGGGUUAACAGAAGCAGAUUGAUUUGAUUGCAAGCAAGCUAAGCUAAAAUUUAGUGGCAUUUAAAGUCCCCGACACAUACACACACAUUCACAGAGUUUAUAUUAGUAAACCAGCGCUAAAACUUAAUAAAAAACAAACACAAGCAGAGUGUAUUUUAAUAGAAUUUAAACUAAACAGAAAUCGCGCCAACGCAAACAGUUCAGCAUUCUAAUCAAUGAAAACUUAAAAAAAUAUUAAAUAAUAAAUAAAUGAAAAAUAACAACUCUAAUUCCGCUCGCUUCUCGAGUAAAUUGAUUGAACUAGUUGCUCUAGCAAAAAAAGUGCAAUGCACGCACACACACCGAUGAUCGAAUAUCAAAGCAAAAAAAAAACAUGAAUAGAAAAGGCUAAAAUUGACGACUCAAAAAAAAAAUCCGUACUCAUUAAGCUCGUAACAAGGAAACCAUGUUGAUACAUUCAAAUUGUAUUGAAAAAUAAAAUUGAUAAACAGUAUUAAA